AUGGCCCAAUCGCGCAAGAACUUCGCUUACAAAUCUAGAUGGAUUAUUGGACUUGGAUCCUCACCGAUCUUCAAAUGCAGCCAUUUGCUAGUUUCCCACGAAACCCAAAUUAAGGAUCUCCUAGAAAACAUAUUAAACCUUAAAUUCUCCAAUUCAUCUUGGCUCCAGGCCACCCUUCCAUGCAAGUCUGGUGGUAUUGGUAUUCGAUCCCCCUUACAACUUUCCCUUUCAGCCUUUAUCUCAUCUCGUCUUGCUGCUCAAUCUAUUAUCGACAAUGGAUCUACUCCUUCAGAUACUGACCUCUCACAGGCCCUCACCUUGGCCAGGCUUGGGAAAAUUUUUAUAGGUUGGGCUGGUCAACCUAGUUAUUCUUCCAUUGAAAGGAAGAAAAACAUACUCUUUGUUGUCGUAGAUGAUUUAGGUUGGAAUGAUGUAGGAUGGAAUAAUCCGGAUAUGCCAACUCCCACUUUAAACUUGUUAGCGAACAAUGGUAUAAUAUUAAAUCAGUCAUACGCCUUGCCUCUAUGCACACCGUCAAGGGCGGCGUUCAUGACAGGAUAUUAUCCUUAUAAAUUGGGAUUACAAUCAAAUGUUAUAGAACCACUUCAACCCAACGCAAUCAGUCUAAAACGAACACUACUUCCAUCGAGGUUAAAGCGAUUGGGAUAUUCGACUUACAUGGUUGGAAAAUGGCAUUUGGGGUACUGCAAUAAAAAGUUUGUCCCGAAUUCUAGAGGGUUCGAUUCAUUUUUUGGGUAUUACACAGGAGGCCAAGACCAUUUUCGCCAUAAUGCGAAUGGUGUACUGGAUAAUGGUACUAGAUUUAGCGGAUACGAUUUUCACGAAAAUUACAAACCUUACCGUGAGGCCAUCGGAGAACUUUACACAAAAAAAACGAUAGAAAUAAUAGAGAAUCAUGAUAGCCUAAAACCCUUUUUCUUAUAUCUAGCGUUCCAAAAUGUUCAUUGUCCUUUACAGGCGUUCUUGAGAUCUAUUAUCUUUUCCCACCUUCAAAUCCCUUAUCGCAUCAACAAACAGGGUAUGUUAGUAUACGUUGAUUUGUCCAUGAAGGAAAUCGUGAAGGCAUUAAAAAGGAAUAAUCUUUAUCGGGAUACAUUAAUAGUCUUUACAUCAGAUAAUGGUGGUCAAGUGCUGCAAGGUGCUAGUAACUAUCCGCUAAGAGGUAACAAAGGUACAAUAUGGGAAGGCGGAAUACGAGUCGCGGGAUUUAUCCACGCCAAAUUUCUUAAACUGAAAGAGGGAUAUGUUAGCAAUAAAUUAAUUCAUGCUGUUGAUUGGUACCCAACUUUUGUAGAAUUAGCCGGGGGUAGCAGAGAAAGUCCUCACUCCUAUUGGAAUUGGGGAGAAUCUUCUAAAGGAGAUGGCAUAAGUCAAUGGAACAGUAUAAUUGAUAAAAAUGCCCCGGCACCUAGAAAUCAUUUUUUGAUCAAUUUGAUGUUACAAAAUAGAUAUUUUGCUGGUAUAAGGUAUAAAGAUUUUAAACUCUUAUUGGGUAAUCCUGGAGAUAUGGAUGGUUGGUAUGAUCGACCCAAUACAUCCAAUAAAACAAGAGAAAGAAAGAAUUCGCGAAAUAAAUCUGGAGGACGGAUUGCAUUUUUCCCGAUCAAAAAACUUAAAUGCCGAUAUAAACAAGGAACUUCAAAGUUAGACAAAUGUAGGGAAGAAAUGAUAAGAAAUAACACGAAUAUUUGGUAUUUCAACAUCAAGAAGGAUCCUUAUGAAGAAAACAAUAUGGUUAAAAGAGAUGAAAUAUUCUUUAAGAUGCUAGAUCUGUUAGUGAGAUAUUCAAAAUCUUAUAAAAGACCGACUCAUAAAAAAAAAGACCCUAAAGGAAGCCCUAUUCACUUCGAUGGAUUUUUCAAUUUUGGUUGGUGUGAUGCAUUUUAA